CCCGGAGCGGGACUACAAUUACCAGGUUUCGUCAGGAAUCGACAGUAAUUCAGAUUAUCGUAUUUAUUUGUAUUUCCCGAAUUUAGUAACGUCCAUAGCAAUUUACAAAGAUCAUUUGAUCGCAGGUUAAAAUGUAAAGUAUAUACAUUAUAUCCCUGAUUUCCUGUUUUGUAGCAUUUCCUGGUACGGGGAUGAGCAGCUCAGCUGUUUUUUUAAGAAGAGCAAACCAGGCAUUGAAUUAGCUAGUAAUCAAUAUCAAGGGAAGGGAAGGAAAUACUCAAAGAAGACUGUAAACACAGACCGUUAAAGUGUUACAUUGAAUGGAAGUACUGGAUUAAGAUGUUUCCAAUUGCAACAUUUGCUGCCUGUAACUGUCCAAACUGGAGCUUGGUUUUUUAGCUAGCUAGCUAGUUAGCUAGCCACAUAGGUAGCUAAUCAUUGCAGCGGUUUUGCUACUUUAGCUCGCUAGAUGACAUGCAUCUGCUGUUUUAUUUAUUAAGGCACCAUGGAUUCAGAUGAUUGAAUGUGCUUUUAAAAGGAAAAGAAAGGAAAUAUAGCUACAAUCACGUAGAUCGCUGUUAGCUAACUGAAUGACUAUUAUUCAUUAGUGAGCUAGCCAUCUUGCUAGUUUAGCUUGGUAGCUGGCUAAUCAACACUAUCAGACAAUCGAAGCAGCUGCGGCUUUAACCGGAUUAACCAGUUAGAUGUUUAUAUUAUUUUUAUAUUUUCUUAUUGAUUUUUGCUUUGAACGUAACAGUCAAUUGGUCCGCUUGCCAGCUAACUGUCUUCGUGGAUUUGAAGGGUCUGAUCAAUUUAACCUUGGUUUAGAGUUGGUUUGCUGGUGACAGGUAGCUUACGUUAUCAAUAUAAAGGGAUACUGACAGUCUGGUAUUGACCUCUGUUUUGUCAACUGAUAAAAUACUGUUUCUUUGUGACUUGUUCAUUUUACUUGUAAUACAAAGUGUUACUCCGUUGUUAAGCACUAGCUACAUAGGCUAGCGUUAGCUUGUCUAAACGGUCUCUGUGCCAUCGCUAGCUGGAACGCUAACAACGUUGUCGUGUUAUUUUGACCACAUACGCUUCUGAAGCUGGCGGCUUUGAGCGAUAACCCAAUUAUCGAUAACUUAUUUUCUUGAUAAUUGAGGUAAUUUUCCGCAAUAACGAGAGGAUGAAGAAGUUUUUUGAUUCUCGACGCGAGCUGGUAAGCUCUGGGCCUGGUUCUGGAGCUGGCGGUGGAGGCAGUGGGUCCAGUAGCGGUGGCAGUUUCAUCGGAAGGGUUUUCACUAUCGGGAGGUACCAGGUCACCGUGGACGAGACUCUAGCUGAAGGAGGGUUUGCCAUCGUGUUUCUGGUGCGGACUCACCAGGGCGUCCGCUGCGCCCUCAAGAGGAUGUACGUCAACAACGAGCACGACCUGCAGGUCUGCAAGCGGGAGAUACAGAUACAGAGGGACCUGGUGGGCCACAAAAACAUUGUGGGCUUCCUGGACUCCAGCAUCACGGCGGUGGGAGCGGGAGACGUGUGGGAAGUCCUCAUCCUCAUGGACUUCUGCCGUGGAGGGCAGGUGGUGAACCUGAUGAACCAGCGGCUGCAGACGGGCUUCACGGAGGCCGAGGUGCUGCAGAUCUUCUGUGACACAUGCGAGGCGGUGGCCCGACUGCACCAGUGCAAGACCCCGAUCGUCCACCGCGACCUGAAAGUGGAGAACAUCCUGCUUCAUGACCGAGGGCACUAUGUGUUGUGCGAUUUUGGCAGCGCCACCAACAAAUUUCAGAACCCGCAGAGCGAGGGUGUGCCGGCAGUAGAGGAGGAGAUAAAGAAGUACACCACACUCUCAUACCGAGCCCCGGAGAUGGUCAACCUCUAUGGUGGCAAGGUCAUCACCACCAAGGCUGACAUCUGGGCCAUGGGCUGCCUGCUGUAUAAGCUCUGUUACUUCACUCUGCCCUUCGGAGAGAGCCAGGUGGCCAUUUGCGAUGGCAGCUUCACCAUUCCAGACAAUUCACGCUAUUCACAGGACAUGCACUGCCUCAUCCGUUACAUGCUUGAGCCGGACCCUGAUACGAGACCAGAUAUCUACCAGGUGUCCUACUUCUCCUUCAAACAGGCCCGGCGGGAAUGCCCUGUUCAGAACGUACAGAAUUCCCCCAUUCCAGCAAAACUCCCUGAGCCAAUCAGAGCCAGUGAGGCUGUGGCCAAGAAGAGCCAGACCAAAGCCAGACUAACAGACCCCGUUCCCACCACCGAAACCUCCAUCGCCCCACGCCAGCGCCCCAAAGCCGGCCAGCCUCAGCCCAUCGGUGGCAUCCUGCCCAUACAGCCUGCCCUCACCCCCCGCAAGAGGGCCAACAUGGCCCCCGGAGGCGCUCAGCCAAUCGGCGUGAGCCUAGGCACUGCGCAACCAGCUGCAACCAUCCAAUCACAGAAGGCGCCAUCUCCGCAGACUCCCGCCUCCCAGCAGCAGGCCACGCCCAGUCAGCCCCAGGCCCCUCCUUCCCAGGCCCAGGCCACGCCUCAGCACCAGCAGCUCUUCAUGAAGCAGCAGGCCGGAGCCUUCUUCAGUCCUCAACAGCAGGCUGCUCAGCAGCAUUCCCAGGCCAUGCAGCAGCAGCAGAUGCAGAGCGUCUACCAACAGCAGCAGGCCGUGCAGUCUGCUCAGGCUCCCGUGGUGCAGCUGCCGGUAGCGGUACCUCAGACCGCUGCGGGCGUGGCCGCGCAGCUCCAACCUAAACCAACGGUGCAGCAGCCUGCCGUCGUCGCGGCAGCUGGCUCCGCCCCCCAGAAAGCUGGGGCCGGACCCUCCCAGCGGCAGCCUAGCCCAACCCCGCCCGCCGUGCCAGGCCCCGCCCCACUGCCCUCGGCAGCUGCGUCAGGGCAGACGCCUGUCGCCCCCGCGCGCGGGAUCCACAAGGUGGGCUCGCUGACGCCCCCCUCCUCCCCGAAGGCCGCUCCGCGGGGGGGCCACCGCCGCAUCCUGAGCGACGUCACGCACAGCGCCGUGUUCGGCGUGCCCGUCAGCAAGUCCACCCAGCUGCUGCAGGCCGCCGCAGCCGAGGCCAGCCUCAACAAGUCCAAAUCAGCUAGCACCACUCCCUCUGGCUCUCCGUGCUCCUCCCAGCAGAGUGUGUACCAGCCGGGAGACCCUGGUGCCCCUUCCACCCCCGCCACUGCUGCUGCCCCCACUACCCCUGCAGCCCCCGCUGCCCCCGCUGGCCUGCGCAGCCCCCAGGACCAGCCCACCUGGAACCCCUUCGGCAACGACAACUUCUCCAAGCUCACUGCUGAGGAGCUCCUCAACAAGGACUUUGCCAAGCUGGCUGACAGCAAGGCUGCAGAGCGAGCGAGUGGCUCCACAGAGAACCUCAUUCCAGGCCUGCAGCCGGCCCCCGCCACCCCGGCCUCCGGGAAGACAUUCCCCCAGCCCACCGCUGAGAGACCUGCUGACAUUCUGAGUCUGGAUUCGGGGGCAGCGCUGCUGAGUGUUCCGGACCCCUUCAACGCCCUGACCCUCUCGGACACCCCAGAGAAGCUGAUUGAGGGGCUCAAGUCCCCAGAAACCUCUCUGCUGCUCCCUGACCUUUUACCCCUGGCUGACCCCUUCGGUAGCUCCGCGGAGGGCUCCAGCAAUGCAGCAGGUCAAGUGGAGAUGGCCGUGGAUUCUCUGAUCCCAGGGCUGGAGGCCCCCCAGUCCCAGCGUCACAUGGCCCCCCCUGACGUCGUCUCGUCCGUUCUGCCAGACCCUAUGGCUGGGGAGGACUCUCUGCUGGGCUGCUCCCUGCUCUCUCACCCCUCUACCCCUGGGGCCCCCCCUGCCUCUACACCCCCCUCCUCUUCCUCUGCUGCCGCCCCUGCUGGCUCCGCCUCCUGUCUGGACGAAUUUGCGCCCGUCUCACUCGGCGCCUCCCAGCAGAUACCGGACUCUGCUUACCUCAUCUCGGGCUUUGAGCGGCCCGAGAGUACGGAGAAGGGCACUGAGGACGAGUUUGACCCAAUCCCCGUGCUCAUCUCCAAAAACUCCAACCAAGAUUUGCAGGGGGAGACCAACGGCUACAGCGUGCUGUGGGAGGGGGGAGAGCCCCAGUUACCGGGGGCAGGUGCUAGCAAGGAUCCCGGGUGUGUGCAUUCCAGUGAGGAAGAGGAAAAGGAGGAUGAAGAGGAACGAGGCGCAGGGACCAGCGACGGGGAACGGGACGCCCUCGACUCCAGUGGCUCAAGACCCCUGCUGCAAGAUUCUGAGGAGGAGGAGGAACAACAGAGGCAACGAGCGAAUCAGGACGAGCAGCAGCAGCAGCCUUCCCAUCAGGCCCAGCUCCCACCUCAGCCAUACCGGCUCCCCUUCUCCAACCAGCAACCCUCCCAAAUGCAGCUGGCCCCUUCUCUCUCCUCCUCCACUUCCUCAGAGCUCCACCAGCCUGGCAGGGAGGCCGAUCUCGUCGCCGACGUCUUCUCCAAAGCCCCCUUCCGGAUCGGGAGGGAGGCGGCAGAAGACGUGUUUGCCAACGCCCCCUUUCCGCGUUUCCCUGCCCCUGCUCAGCCGCAGCCCGAUGUCUUCCUCCAGGCCCCGUUUGGGAAGAAGGAGCCCGUAGGAGGCCUUCCCCAAGCCCCCCAGCCCGGGAUGCCGCACCCCGUCCCUGCCACCGUUCACCCGGCCGCUCCUGACCAAGCCUUCCUGGGGCAGGUGGCCCCCAAACCUUUCCGCCCGCAGGCCCUGGCUAAGUACUCCCGGCACUUUGAGGCCCCCAUCCCCCAGCAGCCAGUGGCAGCCCACCGCGUGGUCUCCAACGUCAGCAGGCAGGCCGCGGUGGGCUCGGUCCCUGUCGGGCCCCUCCACUCCUGGACUUCAGAAGUGACUGCUGUGGAUCCCUUUGUUUCUGCUCCCUUCCACCUGAAGGGCCCGCAGGAGAAGCCUUGAGGGCCCAGAGGGAGGAGAGAGCUUUUCCCAUCAGCCGCAGCACGCGCCACACUGAGCAAAUCCGCACGCUGUCACCCGUGUCUGGGGAAGUACUGCAGGUCUGCGUGUCCCACCUCAAUCUACAAUCACACAGAAAAAUCAGUUUAUGAAACUGCUGAGGUCAAGCAAAUUUACCCCAUGAAUCCGAAUUGUGGAAAAGGCUGAAAAGCCUGUAGUUCAUAUCAGCUCCAGUCGCCCAGGUGCUGGUCACCAUGACAACCCUGCGGUGUCAAACUCCAGUCCUCGGCACACAAACACAGCCUACUCCUGUUCAUUCUGCCUACCUCAUUUCACCAUUUCCUCAACUCUGAACUAAUACAAUGAUAAUAAUAUGUUACAUUGGUCCGGUUUCAUUCUGGCUCUCCGGCCAGUAAGUGUUCAGGCUUGGCUUUUCCAUGCUCUACUGCCAUUUCUCUGCAGCAUGUGAAAUGGCGCAAUCCCACAGUUCUUUUGUGUGAAACGGAGUUUUAACAGUGACCAGGAGCAGAGCCGCAUGCACAUUGAGGAGUGGAGUUUGACACCAGGGAGGAGGCUUAACCAGGAAUCAUUUCGCCUCUUUUUCCAUUUCCCUCUCGGGCCCAAUCAUGAAGAAAACCCUGAGUUGACACUCCUUUGUAAAGUACAAUCUGUGAAAAACUGAAGUUUAAGGAGCUAAGGCAUGCAUUUACAUCGCUGACCACCACUCCUUUUUUGUGUGUUCUUGUUAUUUUACAAACGUUACUUCCUAAUAUAUGGGCUGUCCAAUCGCUCUUGGAAAGCCCUGCUUAUAUUUCCUGGAAUGUCUCUUGAACUUGUAUGAAUACGUGUCUGUAAGCUGUUUGUUUGGUUUUGACCAUUUUAAUGCCUACCUAAUGGUUUACUUACAUUUUUACACCAAGUACAAUUAUUGUUCCGUACAGUGCAGUGUUAAAUGACACAUAACUGACUAACGUUCACCGAAUGCUGGAUAGUGUUGCAUAUACACAUCAAACUGUAGUAGUUUACGCAGGGUUGGAGAUUUUAACAAUGUGAGUUGUUUUGUCUCAGUACAGGUUUCUUGCAAACCAAUGAUGAUAUUUAGUUCAGACUGUCUCAGUGAGUCCGCCCCCCCCUCAUGUGAAUUGGGACCCCUACGAUGCUGAGAGCCAAAAGGGGGCCAUGUACCAUCCCUACAAUGACCUUAUAGAUGUCUACACUCAACAAUCAUGCGGUAUAAUGUGCCUGACGUACAACCUGCUUCUCAGAUAUUUUGUGAUAUUAGCCACUUUUUGGAUGUCGGCUCCGACUAACUAUCCCAGGAUGACAGGACAGAAUUAGGAGUGGGAGUAGGCAGUAUUUAAUCUAAGAAUGGGCAAUUCCAGUCCUGGUCGGUCUGCAAGAGUUACUCUUCAGUCGGCAACAGAAUUAAACUUGGUACACGUGGCAUGCUGUUCCUAUCCAAAUGACUUGAAUUAUAGAAUUAGGAGGUGGACCAAAUGGCCCUGACCCUACUGCCUUCAAGGAGUGGAGUUUCCCUUUUCUUCUUUAUGUUUACAUUCAGCAUUGCCUCCAAUUUUUCAUCCUGCAGGACAUCCCCUCUAAAUACAUUCUCCUACAUAGUCACUCGCACAAAAUCCCCGUCCAAGACAUCUUCCUACGCAUUCAUGCAGUUCCUCCUUCACUACACCACAUUUCUUGCAGUUGUAGUGACCGUAGGUGUCUUCUUACUCCAGUUCUUACUCAUGUUGUUUAAGGUGACAGGAUGCUAAACAUAGCACUACACAUGGCACAGGUCUAUGUAAAUGUAUGGAACAUUGUAUUCCUGCUUGGGGUCUUGCCAGGCCUGGAUGAAGUCUCAGCAUUCCUACACUACAUUCCUUGUUUGGCCUCUUUGUUUUUCCCAAUUUAAGCAUGUAGAAAAAAAAAACCCUUUCCUCUGCUUCACAGGGUCAUAUCGCACUUUGCAAAUGCUUGCUUCCACAUUUCUCUCAACACACUACAUGUUGAUUUGUGAGAACUAUAAGGGAGCUCCCACUUGCUGGACCCAGUACAACCCUGUGCUGUUCGGGAUGGUAUAAAAACAAGGAAUGCAUUUUGAAACAAAGUUUGCAAUUGGACUGAAGGCCUGUUGCACACCAUUGAUAUCACCUCCUAAUUGUAUAGUUUUUCCAGUUUGAUUUUGCACACAUCAGCGAAGAAACCUUGUUUCAACAAACAUACAGGGGUGUUCGUCAUUACAUGUUGGCGUACAUUGAAAGUGUUUCCAGAUUGUAUGUGCUGUGUUUUUAAGUUUGUUACAUGUAUUCACAUUGUAUAUUGUUACUCUUUUAUUUCUGUAUGAUAAUGUAGAAUCAGGCUCUGUUGAAUAGGAAGAUGGGGUUCGUAAACAAUUCUGCAGUCGGUCCACUCUGCUGCGAUCUGAAGGCACUCAUCUAAGAAAACUUGAGUAAUCCAAAGCACUUGUUGAAAACUGUCAUGACAAGCUGUACACCAUCAAAUAAGUAAAAUAAAUAAAUGAAUGCAAACAACCA